UUAAGGUCAUUUAUUUUAGUCUGCACGGUUAUAGUAGUACCUAUAUGUUAUAUUUUGUAGAUAAUACGUUUUAAUUAUUUUCGAUACUCAUUACUCAGUUACUCAGUAGUCAGUAGUUCAGUACUUUGUACAUAGUGCUCAGUGCUCGUCGUUGAUAAAACUAUUUGACGGUUUGUGGUCAGGCCAGCCUGCACUUUUACUGUCAUUACUUGUUCCUAGUGAAUUACACCCGAAAGUGCUCCUCUCAUCGAAAGUUUUAACAACCCCUACGACCCGAAACUGCUUGAAUCGUAUUCCACUUCUCCGACCACCUCUUGAGCGUAAAAAACUUUUCUCAAACGACACGUUAUCCGGCACGCGUUACCACCCGCUCGUCAUUCCUCCCACCCAUAGUCCCCAGACGUUCGAAGAGUGAAAACGAUGUGAGCUGCGGCUGUCGGCAAGCCAAUUUUUUGUUCGUUGGGCGGUAGUGCCUCUCCCCUCGUGCGAGUACACGCGCCUGUUCGAGUAUACGACUGUUGUGACUUUGUAUUUCGUUUUUUUUUUUAAUAUAAUAAUAUUUGAAACGAACCGACGUGUGUGCCAUCAACAUCUAGCAACUCCAGUUUAACGUUCCGUUUUCGCUUUUUGAAAUUUUUUUUCGCAUGGUGUAAUCGACAUGAAAACCGACUUAAGCAUAGAGAUGCCAGACGGACGGCUGAAAAAAUUUGGUUACAGAGCUACUGUAACUUGCAAAGUUAUCAUCCGAAUAUUGUUUGUACUCAUUAACAACAUUUAUUGUAUACCAACAUACUGUGUUUGGAUGAUCAUAUUUUUUCCUUUACGGAAGAUUCAUCCAAAUCUAUAUUGGAAACUUGAAGGCUUAUUUUUCCAUUGGCUCUUAGCAAUGGUUUCUAUGUGGUCUUGGUCAGCUGGUUAUGACAUUGUUGAAAUGGGUGAUGAUAUUAGAUUAUGUUUGAAUGAUCGUACACUAGUAUUAGUUAAUCAUCAAUCUACAGCAGAUGUGCCAAUGCUGAUGACAAAUUUUAAUUCCAAGGCUGGAGUGUUGCCCAAUAUUAUGUGGAUCAUGGACAGGAUAUUCAAGUUUACUAAUUUUGGUAUUGUUUCUAUUAUACAUCAGGAUUUUUUUAUCUUAUCGGGUAAAGAUCAAAGAGAACAAGCUGUUAAAGAAUUAAGGACUCAUAUUCGUGGAUCAUAUUUGCCUCGCCAGAGAAAAUUAAUUAUUUUAUUUCCAGAAGGUGGAUUUUUAAGAAAAAGACGAGAAGCAAGUCAAAGGUAUGCACAGAAAAACAAUUUACCUCUAUUAGAACAUGUUACGUUACCAAGAUUAGGAGCUUUUUCAGCUAUCAUUGAUGAACUUUCACCAAAACAAACAAAAUAUGGUGGUGUGACUAACAAUAAUACCGAAUUUAAUGAGAAUACCGAUAAAUUAGCAUGGAUUUUGGAUAUAACAGUUGCAUAUUCUGAAGGAAGACCUUUAGAUUUACCUACUAUCAUUAUGGGUCAAAGAAGAGCUUGCCGUACACAUAUGUACUAUAGAUUAUUUCCCAGUUCACUUGUUCCUAGAGAACAAGAAGAAAUGACUAAAUGGUUGUUUGAUCGUUGGGAAGAAAAAGAACGUCUUCUAGAAACAUUCUAUUCUACUGGUGAAUUCCCCAGUCACAAAGGAUCACGUCAAACAGCUGUCAUCCAACAGGAUUGCGUAAGGUUCCUUAUAUUACAUCUAUUUUUUAUUGCAUCGUCAUAUGCUCACUACAGGAUAAUUCAUUAUUUAAUUGGAUUAGUAUGGUAAAAUUGAAAUUAAAAAAAAAAAUAACAACAAAGAGAGGAAAAACGAACUUUAUUAAUGUUUAGAUUUUCUGUAUACAUAUAUUUAUUUUAUGUAUGCUUAACUUAUAUCAGCUGGUAAUAAAAUCAAUGAAUACAUGUGAUUGAACUCUUGGUUGUUGUAUAAAACCCAAAAUAAACAUUUUUACAAAUAACAUUAACAUCUAAGGAUAUCACUUACAAAAUAACUUAACUAAAUAGCACGAACGAGUUUAGUAACUGUGAUUUACUUUAUUUACAUAUUUAAAUUAUCAUAUGAACAUCAAUGUUUAUUUUGUUUUCACCUAACUAAUAUUGAUUUAAUAUUUUUAUUUUUUUUUUUUUUUUUGUAAAUAUCAAGUAAAAUAUUGUAAUAUUAAGAAUCAUUAUUUUAUUAUUGUUUUUUUCUUUUUCUUAUAUGUAUAUGUAUAGUAUGUAUAUAUUAUUUAUACAUAUUUAUAUUUAGAAACCAUAGACUUUGUAUUUUAAUGAAAAAUAUUAUUUACUAAUACAUUUUUAUUUUAUUUUGAGAUAAAUCUUAUGACAUAAUAUAGUGCUUGUGAUUUGAAGAUCAUUUAAAUCACGCCUCUGAACCUAUAGGUUUGAUGAUAAUAUCUUGCACCUGAAACAAAUUGUUUUACUAUUAAACUAUUAAAAAAUUGUACAUUGAAUAUUUAUUAUUUUCUGAUGUAUGAACAUUUUAGAAAAUGAUUCUCCAAUAGUUAACAUUUUUAUGAUUAAUUAAAGCUUUGUAUUUAUUUUAACGCGUAAAAUGUUUUUUAUGCCAACUAAUGUGUUUGCAAGAUAUGUUAAUUAUUAGUCUUCUGUGUUGUGACUGUGAUAACAUUUAUAUUAUAUAUUAUAUUUUAUAGUAUACGAUUUAUUCUUGUAUUGUUAUACAUUUUCACUUUAAAUUUACAUUUUACUUAACUAAAAUCAAUCACUGUACAGAAGACAUUUGUAGAUUGUAAUCAUCCAUUAAUUGUAUUGUUUUCCUUACAUUAUGAGUUAUAUUAUUUUAUGAAUCAUUUUUAUUUUUUUAUAAUUUUGUGUGUAUAUAUUUAUAUAUACAUAUAUAUUUUUUCUCUGAAAAACCAUUUUAUACUGUUCUUUCUUUUUUUUAUUGCUAUUAUUAUUAUUAUUAUUAUUUACUGAAACAAUCGUCAUUUCUUUCAAUUAAUAAAUCAUUUGCAUUAUUUGUAUUUUAUAUUAUAUGUAUAUGAAAAAAAACCAUAUAUAUUUAUAUAUUAUACAUUUUUGAGUGAUUGCAAUUAUUACAUAGAGGAAUUUUGUAUAUCACUAUAUGAAUAAGUGAAAGUAAAAUGUAUUUUUAAAUCCAUUGUAUGAAAAUUGUGUUAGUUUUUAAGAAUUAAUGAGCCUAAAUUGCAAUAUCUAAGAGAAGGUUGUUGUUUGAUUCCAGAAUUAUUGUACUUUUUAUGGAAUAUUAUUUUAUAAUGGUUCUAUGAAGGCCAAAAUUAAAAUAAAUAAAAAUAGUUUCCUAACAUAAUUUGUUUUAAAUGUAUAAACUAUUUACUUAUAAAUAUAAGUAAAUAAUAUCUGGCAAUAAUAUGAAAAUAUACAUUUUUUAAAUGUUGAAAUAAUAAAUAAGCUGAAUUGAA